AUGUUGGAACUUCGUGUUUUUGUCUUGCUUGCUUGCUCCUUGUACUUUACUCUUGUCUCCUCCGUCCGUCUUAAUGCCCGAGAUGUUGAUGGUGAUUUCUUGGACUGCUAUGAUUAUAUCGUAGUCGGUGGUGGUAUUUCUGGUUUGGUUGUUGCAAAUCGUCUCACUGAAGAUCCAAAUGGUUUGUUUGCUUCGAUAAAUCCUUUUAGUACUUUUGCUGAUCAUCUGUGAAGUGACUGUUUUGCUGCUGGAAGCUGGAAACCUGUAAGUGCCACAAGAAAGCCUAUUUUAACGUCUGUCUGACACGGUUCUAGUGACAACUACGAGGAAACAAUCUUAAAUCCCAUCGAGGAUGGUCAUGGACUUGGCACGAAAUAUGACUGGAACCUUUUCACCGCUCCUCAGAAGUUUCUUGACGGCCACCCUCGUCCAUACGAUAUGGGUCGAGGUGUUGGAGGUGGAAGUUUGAUCAAUGGAAUGUGCUGGACUCGGGGUGGAAGUGCUGACUUUGAUGCCUGGGAGGCUCUCGGGAAUCCUGGUUGGGGUUGGAAUGAUCUGCUGCCUUACUUCAAGAAGGCAAUUAUUGCACUACUUCUGGUUUACCUUGAGUUCUGAGGCUGAUUUAUGGACAGUCUGAGAACUAUAGCGACAACGUUGAUGCAGAAUCCAGCCGAGAACUUUAUAUAAAACCCGACCCCGGGACCCAUGGUACGGAUGGAUAUAUUCAUGUCAGUUAUCCUCGGUACUUUUACAACCAGUCAAGUACGUACCUAUCCUUUGCAGGCUCAUUUGCAGGGACUUAACAAAACAACAGCGCUUGUACUCAAAGGACUCGAAGAGAUGGGUAUACCCAUUCUGACAGAUCCAAAUAAUGGUACAGCCUCGGGUGCAAUGUUGAUUCCAAACAGCAUUUCUCCGGAUAAUCAGACUCGGUCAGAUGCUCGACUUGGCUAUUUUGAUGGUUUUAUCGACUCCCGUCCCAACUUUCACGUCGCCACAGGGAAGCAUGUCUAUCGCUUACUGAUGGAUAAAACAAAUUCUGCUACCAGGUCUCCCGACGGUCUUUUAAUCAAAGGUGUUGAAGUAAGUCGUUGUAUCAACCCUCAAAUGAACUCACUAAUGCGAUGCAGUUUGUCCCAGAUGGAACUUUAUCGGUAUUCAAUGUCACGGCCUCGAAAGAGGUCAUCCUUGCUGCUGGUGCUGUACAUACCCCUCAAAUCCUUGAGCUUUCCGGUAUUGGGGAUUCCGAAGUUCUCAGCAAAUACGGUAUCCCAGUCCAACUUCAUCUUCCAGGGGUAGGGAACAACUUUCAAGACCAUCCAUAUGUCGGUGUAGUGUAUUAUGGUAAGAAUGUACAAUCUCUCUGGUGAUUUCGGGCUGAUUGUCGCAGUUUCUAAUCCCUUGUAUCUUACUCUUGAUAUGAUUUACCACAAUCCUGGAUUGUUAGCACAGGCGGAGCGACAGUAUUACGUCAAUAAGACGGGUGAGUCAAAUGGAUUUUUCGCAACUUGUAAUAUCAACUAAGUUCUGUUUAGGACCAUGGACAGCUGGUGCCAUCAAUACCGUUGCCUUCCCAUCUCUACCGUCAUCAUCAAAAAAUUGGACCAGUAUGAUUGCUGAUGCUUCAAGCCAACAUGCAAGCAAGCAUUUGCUUCCACAUCUCGACUCAACUAUUGUAGCUGGUUACAAAGAGCAGAAAAAAGUACUUACCAAACUUCUUAGCCGAAGAGAUGUUGGAGCAUACGAAAUCUUGAGUGACAAUAUUGGUCUUCUUUCUGUUGCUGCAAUGCACACAUUCUCCAGAGGAAGCGUUCAUAUCCAGUCCCAGAAUCCAUUAACGCAACCCUUGAUUGAUCCUCGCUACUGCUCGAACCCUCUUGAUUGCCAAAUAUUGGCAGAGGCAUUAUUGUUUAAUAAUCGCUUGCUGAAUACUCGGUGAGAGCACAAACUUGCUUAACAAUAUUGUAACCUGCCUUUGCGAUAACACAAAGCUAACCUUAUAUAACCAGCUCAAUGCGUGAACUUGAAUCCGUCCCUUACUAUCCUUUUCUACAAAAUGCCACGGUGGAAUCGUUGAUACCAGCAAUUCUAAGUGGGAUUCGGACUGAAUUCCACGGCACGGGAACAACUUCAAUGUUGCCUCUCGAGUAUGGCGGGGUAGUUGACUCUCAUCUUCGGGUAUAUGGAACACGAAAUCUUCGAAUUGUAGAUGCUGGCAUCUUCCCCCUCGUGCCCGCUGCUCACCUUCAGGCGAGCGUUUAUGCCGUAAGCGAAAAGGUAUUGAAUCUUUUCAUUGUGGCAAGUCUUGAGAACCCAAUUGCUAACACGGUACCUAGGCAGCAGAUAUCAUCAAAGCAGACGACGCCGAUACUCGGUACAAACACUGCACCACCUCCACUCUUCUCAAAGUGCCAAAACCCACAAACGAUACAGUCGCUUUAUUCGUCCCACAAACAUCCAUGGUAAAUGGUACUUUCUCAACGUUCAGAACCAGUGCCAUGACGAAAGGUUCGUCAACUCUCACAUCUAGUUCUUUACCGGAGGUGGCCACUCAAACUCCUCAGGAGCAAAUAUCGACCGACCCUUCAUCCCAGGAACAAGUACCAAUCGAAUCUUCGGUCGAGCAAAAGAAUCCGUUCCUCAAGGCCCUCAAUCUUCUAUUGGCAGGUCUCGUGCCUGGAGAGACAGAGCUAGCUUCCAUGCCAGAAUAUUCCUUAACACCCCAGGAAAAUCCAGCGACCGAGGAUUCAGAAGAGGAAGGGACAGAGGAGAGAAGUUCUGUUGCAAAAAGCCCGAUAAAUGCGGUCUUCGAUUUCUUUUCGGGGCUUGUUCCUGGCAGAGGUGGAGGCUUUGGGGGAUCUGGAGGGAAAGAGUUGGUCGGUGGCUUUGGUGCGGACGCAAAGAAUGCAGAGGAAUCGACGGGAGAAGACUCGAAGGGGGAGGAGAAGGAGAACCCGAUACCUCCUGUCAUGUCUGUUCUCAGAGAAGUCAUGAUGGAUGGUGGGGAUACUGGAAGAAGCUUGUUGACUACGCCUACAUACGAGGAUGUUGUAAGUACGAGCACGAUAUCGAGUUCGGAAUCUUCGACGGCGACGAUUGAUCAAUAUGGGGCUGCUACGGCUACAGGUGGGGUAGUUGAGAGGCUCAAGGUGUUGGAAUUGAGGUUCGUGAAUUCUACUGAGAACAUUGGUAAAGCUAGUCAGAGUCAAGCUGUUACGCAUUCAGCGGUUAAGGUUGUGAAGAUUGGGAUUGCUCUUGCUGAUGGUGGUAGUGUCUGA